CUCAAGUCUGAAAAAUCUGGGAGUGAUCAGUUAAGAGCAGUCACAGAGAGUUAGGCUGUACACAGGUGAUCUUCUCACAUUUUCAACAGGGGCUGCUAAUUUGGAGACCUAAUUUUAUAGCGCCUGUCCCAAAUCUGGAUGAAUUAUUCAUUCACAUCACAAUGCAUGCCGUCUAGUGCUGACAAAGGACGUGACGGGGUAUUUAGUUCUUUCUAAACCUCAGGAGAUUUCCUCGCGGUGUGUGUCAGACCGCCGGCAUGUCGUCUGAUGGACAGAGCGGCGUGUCAAAGGAGGUGAUUCCAGAGAGUGUGUCGCUGUGUCCUCUGAGCAUGGCAGAUGCCCCUGAGCAGAAGCAACUGUGCAUCUUUGGGACCGGGGACCUGGGGCGCUCUCUCGGCCAGCGUCUGCUCCAGUGCGGCUACAGGGUGGUGUAUGGCAGCCGCAGACCGCACGGCUGUGGCCCCGUGCCUCCGGGGACUCAGGCGAUGAGCCACGAGGCCGCAGCCCAGACAGCCGCUCUGGUCUUUAUUUGUAUUCACAGAGAAAAUUAUGACUUUCUGGAGACGCUUGCACCUCAGCUGAAGGGAAAGGUGCUGGUGGAUGUCAGCAACAACCUCCGGAAGAAUCUAUACCCAGAGGCCAAUGCAGAAUAUUUGCAAAGGCUAAUCCCUGGAGCUCAUGUUGUGAAAGCUUUUAACACCUUGUCUGCCUGGGCCCUUCAGAAUGGACCCUCUGAUGCCAGUAGACAGGUGUACCUGUGUGGGAACAGUGCUGAGGCAAAGCAGGCAGUAGCAGAUACGGCCACCAAACUGGGAUUCAGUGUUCUGGAUAGAGGGUCUCUGUCUGCGGCCAGAGAGCUGGAGGAGUUCCCCCUGCAGCUGUUCCCAGAGUGGAGGGUGCCCCUACUCCUGGCCACCGGCCUCACCGCCUUCUUCUUCCUCUAUCUGGUCAUCAGAGAUGUCGUCUAUUCGUACGUCGAAAAGGAGAAAGACGUCUCCUUCAGAAUCAUGGUGUCGCUGGCCAACAAGGUGUUCCCCAUUGUGUCCCUCAUUAUGCUGUCUCUGUGUUACCUGCCCGGCGUCAUCGCAGCCAUCCUCCAGCUCUACAGAGGAACCAAAUACAAGCGUUUCCCCGACUGGCUGGAUCGCUGGAUGCUCUGCAGGAAACAAAUGGGACUAGUGGCACUUGCCUUCGCAUCCCUGCAUGUGCUGUACACACUCAUCAUUCCCAUAAGAUAUUACGUGAGAUUCAGGCUUUCAGAAAUGACAGUCUCUCAGAUCAGGGAGAACCAAACGUCAAAGUUUGACACAACCAUGGCCUGGCGCGUUGACUCUUACUACUCCAUGGGUGUUCUGGGAUUUGGCCUGUACCUUCUGUUGGGAAUAUCAUCUCUCCCCUCCGUCAGCAACGCUCUCAGCUGGAGAGAGUUCAGCUUCAUACAGUCCAAGCUGGGCUACCUGACGCUGUUCUUCUGCACCUUUCACACCUACCUGUACGGCUGGAACAAGUUCCUUUCGCCCUCGUCCUACAAGUGGUACACUCCUCCGGCCUACAUGUUCUCCCUGGUGCUGCCGUCUGCGGUGCUUGUGCUCAGGCUGCUGCUCCUCCUGCCGUGCGUGGACCGCAGCCUCACCCGCAUUCGACAGGGAUGGGAGAGGACUGACCCAGAGGCAGACAGCAAGAAACCCCUGCUGACAUAGGACUGGCUGUCAGUGACGCUAAUGAAAUGAAAGCCAUGAGCUGAAAUGUGUCAGUCUCAUAAAGAUGCUCCAUAUGCUAGAAGGUUUUAAUCACCUUUGGCAGAUAUGCAAAUCCUCCUACACAGCACGGGACUAUCACAGUUACAGGUAGAAAUGCAAAAAAGGGUUCAAAGAAAAUAUACACAAUGACAUAAUGGUGACUUAUCUUCCAAAAGCUCUAUGAAAUAUAUUAUUAUACCACAGAAGAAGUAGUAGUAGUAGUAAUCUAUUUAUACAGUACAAUUGUACAAUUUUUUUUAAGCAUGGCAUAUACAUUAUAUAGCACGUUGAAAGAGCUGUUCUCCAUUUUAAGCACCAUGCACUACACCAUCCAUCUGCUGUUACAGAACAGCUGACUGUGGCAACUGUUUGACUAAAUAUAUUUUCUCCAACCAUAAAUUGUAGUGUUUCAUUAGCCUAAUAGCCUAAUUGCCAAGUAAUUUUUCGACUGACUGUUACAAUGUCAAUAAAAAUAACAAUGUGCUUGCUAAAAAUGGUGUUGUUUCUUGUUUUUCCAAAUAUGACUUAGGCAAUUAUGCUAUUAGGCUAGAUUUAUUUACUUUGAAACAGUUUUUUUUUCUCAUGGAUUUAGUUAUCUGCUCUUAUUUAAUACUUCCUUAUUUUUGUCACAGUGAAACAGUCAAUACAAUACAAAACAGACUUCAGAAUGACUCUGAA